AUAAACUAUAAUUGUUAAAACAACAAAACACCCUAUGUUUUUAUAAACCUGCAAUUAAAUGUGGGCAAACCAGGAUGACACCAUAUAAAUUCUAUAAUUUCGGAAGUUUGAUGUGAGCAAUAUAAACAGAAAUGGGAAAUUAGAUUACAAAACGAUGGAAGUUUUUAUUGUAUUCCUUGUUGUACCAUUGGUAACAAUAAAUGCAAAAUUCCUCGGGAUAGUUAACCGCACACGAGGUGGUCGCUGUCCACGUACAUUUGAAGAAAGACAAGCAAGAUCGGAAUUAGUUAAUUGCUCGCCAGUUGAAAAGUAUCAUUGUUUAUUUGACUCAGAAUUCGAAUUAGUAGAGGCUUGUUCCGACUAUAAACAACUUCCUCAAGGUAAUUAUCCAAGAUUUAAUAGUUAUGCGACUGGAAAUCCUAUAGACUAUGACCCUUGUCCAGAUGAUAGAUUCCAGCUUUGGCCUGUUAAGUCCUAUGAAAUAAGUGAAUGUUUAUCAAUAAAGUCAACAUGUAGUGGCGAGGGACAAGAAAUUUGUAAGCCUGGGACUGAUCGUACAGACAGAAAAUGCAAGUGUGACUAUAAGGCAGGUUAUGCAAUGAAUGGCGGUGUAUGUUGUUCUCCGUCUGAAUUACAAGACUGCUUUUGCUAUAAAAAGAUAUGUGGCCUAAAUAUGGAACUUGAUGAAGGAUACAACUGCAUAGAAAAGUGUAGUAUAUUAAAUGCUGACGGAAGCUGUUCCACCCAUAGUGAGAAUGUUACUUUAUCAUUCCGACAUAUAUCUACAUUUAAAGAAACGGAAGAAUUGGAAUAUAUUCAGGACACCGGCUUUUACUUUUAUGUUAUAUUUAUUAUGAUGGCCAUAUUUUCCUUCUCCUGCUUUAUUGGUGUUUGGUAUAUCCUGAGACGACACAGGUACACAGGACGAAGACGAAAAUACAUAUAUUUAUUUUUCCUUGCCUUAGUGCUUUUAGGCAAUUAUGUUUUAAGCACUUUGAUAUACUUUGAGAAGAUACAUGUGGAUUACAAAAUCACCUUGAUGGCUAUGUUCGUGGUGCCAGUGCUUGGUUGCAUGUUUGCUAUUAGCAUGAUUUUCUACUAUAAAAUACAAAAGGAUCGCAACAUAUAUAAUGAGGAAUAUGAGGUGAAAAUAUUUGAACUCCUGAAUGCCGCUAAAGAUGGGAACAUUGAUGAUUUACGACGCAUAGCGCACGAGACAUACGUAGAAAUGCAUGAUGUUGAUUAUGACCAGCGCAGUGCUCUUCAUUUAGCUGCUUGUGAAUGCCAAGUGGAAGCUGUACAAUACCUACUAGAACGUCAUUUCUGUAGUCCAGGUGCAACUGAUAGAUGGAAUCGCACAGCACGUGAAGAUGCAGAAUGGCACCAAGCAAACGAUGAAAAGAAAAAGAACUACAACGAAGUUAUAUCCCUUUUAGCCAAAUAUAAAACAAAGAAAACCAAAGCGGAACAUUUCAGAGAAAAAUGUGCUACAGAAAUAAUACAUGCAGCGAAAAAUGGAGAAAUUCACACUCUUAGAAGAUUACAACAACUAGGUGUGGACAUGGACCUUUCAAACUCAGCAGGUCGGACCGCCUUACAUGCAGCGGCGGUAAACGGUAUCGAAAAGGUGGUUGAUUUCCUAAUUGAGGAGUGCAAGGUUUCUCCAUUUGUGAGAUGGAUGCAGAAACGACCUGUUGAUUAUGUACCCGAUAACGGGAAUAAAGUUAAUCGGCGCAUAAGGGAGAAACUACGUGACUACAUGGAUAGACUACUGGAAGCUGCAAGCAUGUCAGAGCAGUUGCAAAACAAAACUAAGGAAGCACCACCAGAUAAACAAACACAAAUUGUUCGUUUGUUGAAUUGUGCAUCUAGGGGAAAUAUUCAACGCAUGAAAUCUUUUAAAGAAGCAAAUUAUGACAUGGACCUUUGUGAUUAUGAUAACAGAACAGCUUUGCAUAUCGCUGUCAGUGACAACCAGGAACAUAUUGUUGAUUUUCUUUUGGGCGAGUGCAAUCUUCAAAAUGUAGCACGUAAUAUGAAAGACAGAUGGAACAAUACCCCAUUAUCAAUUGCACAAGAACCUGGAUAUGAAGAAGUUUACAAAGUUUUUUUGAAGCAUUGUAUAAUAUUAGUAGAUACUGAAAAUGACGAAUAUAGAACUUAUGAACUACUUGAUGCUGGUGCUAACGGGAAAAUUGAAGUACUUAAAAGAUUGCAUAACAAGAAAGUUAAUAUGAAUUUAAGAGACUAUGACGGAAGAACAGCUUUACAUUUAGCCGCUGCUGAAAAUCAAUUGGAGGCCGUUAAGUUUCUUGUAAAUGAAGCAAAAGUAGAAACAUCUAUACCUGAUAGAGAAAAUAGACGACCUUUCAAUGAAGCUAAGCAUGAAGAAAUUAAAAAUCUUUUGGGAACCUCAGAUACUGAACAUACAAACGCUACAUAUUACAAGCCUUCAACGAGUAGUCAAACAAUAUUCUUGGUGAUGGACGCAGCUUCAAAAGGACAAUUGCAUAACCUGAAAGACAGCUUUUCAUACUUUCCGAUGGAUAGUUGCGAUUAUUUCAAAAAUACGCCUUUACAUGUUGCUGCCUCAAAAGCCAAGUUAGAAGAUGUGAAUUAUCUUUUAAAUGAAAGGAAAGUUUCUCCAUUUGUCCGAAAUAGCUUUUGGAAAACACCGAUUCAAUUAGUGGAAGAAAAAAUUCAAUAUUGGCAGAAGAAGGAAUUCGUGGCUGAUCAAAAUAAUGAGAAACUUUUAAAAAAUGCAUCUAUAAAUGUUCUUAAAAAUGUUAAAACAUCAAGAAGACAAGACUUUGAGGAAGUUAAAAAUGUACUGAAUAUUGCUAUAAAAGACGCAAAAGAAGAAGAUGUUGAAGAAGACGAAAACUUUAAGAAACACACAUCAGAGCAAGAAAGGAUAUUUAUGUUUUUAAAUAAAGCAUCAAAAGGCGAUCUUAAAGCCAUUAAAAGCUACUUAAAGACUGAUGAAGAUCUCCUUCACAACAGUAAUUAUGACGGUCUCCUUCGCAGCAGUAAUUAUGACGGGAGAACUGCAUUACAUCUAGCUGUUGCAGAAGGCCAUUAUGAUUUAGUUGAAUUCAUCAUCGGAAAAAUCGAGGACAGGCAAAUCAAUAAACCGGACAGAUGGGAAAUUACACCUCUGCAUGAAGCUUUGAAAAAUGGUGAUGGCGAUAUGAUUGAACUCUUCAAAAAUAACAUGAAGGAGUUUGAGUUAUCGUUAUCGAAUUGUCAUUUCCAUUCUCCAUAAUAAUAAUAAGUCUGAUUAUGAAUGUUUACACUUGUAUAAAAUCGAAAUGAACAUAUAAUUUGUUGUAUAAUUUAAAUGUAACAAAAUGCAAAUACAAGUCCUUUGUUAACAUUAUCAUUAUUUGUCUGUCUUAUAAAGAGACUGUUUGUCUGUGAUAUAAAGGAUAUAGAAAUGUUUAGAUAUAGUUUGUGUUAUUAAAAAAAAGAAUAUUCAUAAGAUAA